GAAAUAUGGAAGUACUCUGAGAGAAUAAACAGCGAUAUCGUAAAGGCAUCAGGGUCAUUCACCACUCUCGAGGUCCGACGGAACAUCUAUGACCAUGAGGCAAAUUUAGCAAGCGAGCGCGUCAUGCAGGAUUGGGCAAAGUACAUAGGUGAUGGCCAAGAGCUUCUCACUUUGAACGCUUGCAGUAAAUUAGGCAACAUGUAUUCGUUCACCUUUAUCGAAUCCCCGCCAGACAGAUUGGAUGUAGCUGCCUACUGGGGUGAUCUUGGACUCCUCCACGACGACCACACCGAAGCUGCCGAGGAAACAGAAGCUUGGGCAGAACAUGGUGCCUUCGCGGCAGCUAUCAACUUCCAUCAGCCAACAUGUGACCAAGGGCAACAAUGGCAUAGAGCCUUGGGCAUGAAACGUAUGGCUGCAGAGAGUAUGCUCAAGGGUAUGAAGAUUGAUCGAGAGCGAUGCUUAUACAUGGUGGACAAGUAUCGUACUGAUUGGGUCGAUGUUGUUGAGAAACCAAGACCUGAGGAAGGCUUCUCUAGCCUGAAAGAGUACAUGAACUAUAGAAACCAGAAUGUGGGAAUGAGUGCAUUCUGGCCGAUGCUGGCAUUUUCUAUGGGCUAUGAACCAACUGCCGAAGAACAUGAUCUCGUACAGCAUGUUCUGGAACCCAUCGAGGAGGGUAUCUGCUUGACCAACGACUACUGGAGCUGGGAAAGAGAACUCUCCGACCACCUUACCAACGGGAACCGCAUCAACAACAGUGUGGAUGUUGCAAUGCGAACAAUGAAUCUCGAUCAAGCAGCUGCAAAAGAGUGGCUAAAAGAACGUCUCAUUGGUCUAGAGUGCGAAUACGUGCAACGUAAAGUCGACUUUUACCAACAGCAUCCAAGACUGUCAUUGGAACUCAGAAGAUGGAUCGAACUAGCCGGAUCUAUCAUGGGAGGUACGCACUUUUGGGCGUCAUCAUGCCCACGACACCAUGGCUGGAAAGAGCAUCGUGAACGAGCGCAGAAAAUUCCACUUAUCCAAGACGAUGCCCAGUCACGCACUCAUAACACAAUCCAGUUUGACGACAACUUUUCCGAUCACUGCUCUACAGCCUCCACCUCUCUGACCACCCCAGAUAUCAUGAGUGAGUCUGUGAUUGAUAAGAGCAUGGGCUCCGAAGGACUCAAUCCAAUUAUUGAUAUCAGAGGCACGUCAAACCAGAGACCUACUCAGAACGAAGAUGACAGGGUUUUGAUGGGGCCUAUCAACUACAUCGCCUCCAUGCCUUCAAAGGGCGUACGAUCAAUGCUAGUUGAGUCUUUCAACUUAUGGUUGAAGGUUCCCGAAAGCUCUAUGCGUGUCAUUGAAAAGAUCGUAGCUGAUCUUCACAAUGCAUCUUUGAUACUAGAUGACAUUGAGGACGAUUCAGAUCUGCGCCGCGGACAAAUGGCAACUCACCUCGUUUUUGGACAAGCACAAGCUAUUAAUAGUGCCAACUUUAUGUUCGUACGUGCGGUCCGGGAAGCUUCUGGGAUGAAGAACGAAGUUGCAGUCCCUCUAUUGUUACACGGCCUUGAACGAAUGUAUCAGGGGCAAGCCUUGGACUUGUACUGGAAGCAUGCAAUGAUCUGUCCGAGCAUCUCUGAGUACCUCCAUAUGGUCGAUUGCAAAACUGGCGGUCUUUUUCGCAUGUUGCUCCAGCUUGCCAAGUCAGAAAGUACCGUGAGCUACCCCUCAAGCCUGGACUUGGAUACCAUCGUCCUUCUUUUUGGUCAUUUCUUCCAGAUCCGCGAUGACUACAUGAACCUUUGCUCUGCUGAAUACGGAAAACAAAAAGGCUCCUGUGAAGACCUCGACGAAGGGAAAUUUUCUUAUCCUCUUAUCCAACUCUUUGACUUGCUUCCGGAGUGCAAAGACGAAGUACUUGGGAUUCUUAGGCUGAGCCGCCGACCUAAUCAAAAACUUCCUGAACAUGCGAAGCAGCAGAUACUUAAUCUAAUUCACGCUUCUGGUGCAAUGGAUGCAACACGCUCUUUUUUGCGAACUCUGGAAGGGAAGAUCGACGAAGAAAUUAAGAAGUUGGAGACUGCAUUUGGAGAUUCCAAUCCUAUGCUGCGUCUGCUAAUCGAGAGGCUUAGU